AAACUCUCUCUCUCUCUCUCUCUCUCUCUCUCUUCUUCAUGUAACUAUUAUUAAUUUUAUUUUAUUUCUUUUUCUUCCUUAAUAUUAAUUAAAUAAAUAUUUACUUACACAGAAACUAAUUAAAUAAUUAAUUUUUUUAAUUUUAAUUUUCCAACUAAAUUUUUUUACGAGAGAUCCCUAAAAUCACACACCAAAAAAAAAAGAAAAAUUUCAAAUCAAAAUCUCUCUCUUUCUCCCUCAAUAUGGCAUUUCACGUAGCUUGCCCAAUUACAUGUCGCCGGAUUUGCUUCUGUUCGCUAGGGUUUGCUGCUGGUAAGGCGAAGGAUGAGUUCCUCGAUGAGAUUCGCAAGGUCGAGGAGUUUGUCAAGGAUCCUUGGGGAAUUAGGGUUCGGGAGGAGAAAGGGGCAACGGUUCAGGUCGCGGUUCCCAGAGUCGUGCCACCUCCGCCUCUGUUGCUGCCGCCGUCGUCGGCUUAUCAGCCGGUUGUGUCGAUUGUAGGUGAUGUGGUUGUCAACAUCGUUGAAGAUGAGGCUGCUGCGGCUGCGUCGGCUCAGGCUAAGCGAGCCGCGCUGCAGCGUAAAGCUGCGGCGGCUAUGGUUGCUGCGGAAGAUUACGCCCGCCGCUUUGAGUCGGGUGAUUUGGCGGAUGUCUUGAGAGGUUCUGCAGGAGAAGAACAGGGUCAGUCCAAUGUUAAUGUAUUGUGCAGAAUAUGCUUUUUUGGUGAAAAUGAAGGAAGUGAAAGAGCAAAAAGGAUGCUUUCUUGCAAAACUUGUGGCAAGAAGUAUCACAGGAACUGCUUGAAAAGUUGGGCUCAACAUAGGGAUCUCUUUCAUUGGAGUUCAUGGACAUGCCCCUCUUGCCGAAUUUGUGAGGUGUGCCGGAGAACAGGAGAUCCUAACAAAUUUAUGUUCUGCAAAAGGUGUGAUGGUGCUUAUCAUUGCUACUGCCAACAUCCUUCCCACAAGAAUGUUUCUUCUGGACCUUAUUUGUGUCCAAAACAUACCAAGUGUCACAGCUGUAACUCUUCUGUACCAGGAAAUGGCUUAAGUGUGAGGUGGUUUCUAGGAUACACUUGCUGUGAUGCAUGUGGUCGAUUGUUUGUUAAGGGAAAUUAUUGUCCUGUUUGUUUGAAGGUCUAUAGGGAUUCAGAAUCUACUCCAAUGGUUUGCUGUGAUGUUUGCCAGCGAUGGGUUCAUUGCCAAUGUGAUGGUAUCAGUGAUGAAAAGUAUUUGCAGUACCAAGUGGAUGGAAAUCUUCAGUAUAAAUGUGCCACAUGCCGAGGAGAGUGCUAUCAGGUCAAGGACCUUGAGGAUGCUGUUAAAGAACUUUGGAGGAGAAGGGACAAAGCUGAUCGAGGUCUCAUUGCAAGCUUGAGGGCAGCUGCUGGGUUGCCAACUCAAGAAGAUAUAUUUUCAAUUUCUCCAUAUUCUGAUGACGAAGAAAAUGGCCCUGUAGUAUUGAAGAAUGAACAUGGACGUUCCUUGAAAUUAUCUCUGAAGGGGUUAGUCGAUAAGUCACCAAAGAAGGCGAAAGAUUAUGGGAAAAAAUAUUACAGUAAAGGGUCUAGUAAGAAAAGAUACCAGGCAUCAGUGAUCAGUAAAAGAGAACCGGAAAUGAGUUUUGAAGGACAUAAUGAUGCCCAAUCUUUAGGAUACAGCUUGGGUAAUGACAAGAAUGAUGGCAUGCAGUCUCAUAGAGAUGAGAUACAAGACACAUAUUCUUCUCCGGUUGCGGGAAGUCUUAGUCAAACAGAAGAGAUUUGCUCUAUCAAUCACCCAGGAGUUUUGAAACACAAGUUUGUAAAUGAGGUAAUGGUGAAUGAUGAAAAUAGGCCUUCAAGAGUUGUUCGAAUUAAGAACAACAAAUCUAAUGAUUUGGAUAGUGGAGAGGAUACUCGAAAGCAAGCUGGCAAGUCAAAGGCUGUGAAAGGAAAGAAGUUGGUCAUUAAUUUUGGUCCACGGAAGAUAAAUGUAACCAAUUCUCCCAGGUCCGAUGCUUCAACCGACCAAAGAGAACAAGAGUUUCUGACUUCCAAUGGCAGUGAAGACACAAGUUGGCGAAAAACAAAUGAUAAAUCGAUAUUGGAAAGACAUGAUGGCCUUGCUAACAGUGGUGAUGAGAGAAAUGAUUCUUCUAGCCAAUCAAAGGGUUUGAAGCUUGGAAGAGAAGGAAAUUUUAUUAAGUUGGGAAAAUUUAGGACUGGGGUUUCUAGUUACAACCCCAAAGUUGGCCGAGGCAGUAGUGCCGAUGGAUCUGAAAUCGCUAUUCCAGAGCAAACACGUACUUCACUGGGAAAAAGAAGCAUCGAAGAAACCACAGCAUCGGUUGGGCCUGCAAGUGAAGCUCCUACUUCGAAAAGUGGGAGGGUAUAUUCAGGAAAGUUAUCAGAAGGAAGACCUGAUACUAGCACAGAGAACAAUGAUGAUUUUGGUCAGACACCUGUGUCCCACUCACAUUCUUUGCCUAAAGAUUCAAAACCUUUGUUGAGGUUCAAAUUUAAGAAGCCUAGUAUUGAGAGUCAGAACUCUGCGAAUCAAGAGGAGGAGAAAAGCUCUCUAAAGGGCCAAAGGUCUAAAAGGAAACGCCCAUCACCGUUCAUGGAGAAAAUGACUUUUAAUGACGAUGGUACAACUCAAGCACAUCAAGAGGAUUUAAUGGACGAGAUCAUGGAUGCUAACUGGAUUCUAAAAAAGUUGGGUAAAGAUGCAAUUGGAAAACGAGUUGAAGUUCAUCAACCAUCUGACAAUUCAUGGCACAAGGGAGUGGUUGCCGAUCUAGUGGAAGGCACAUCAACACUCUCUGUAACUCUAGAUGACGGUAGAGUAAAAUUUCUGGAGCUUGGGAAACAAGGCGUUCGAUUUGUGUCUCAAAAGCAGAAAAGAUCAAAGACGAAUGCUGAACAAGUCCUUCGCAAUCGCGAUCAAUCAUAAUUUCAAUAGGUUUUAUUUCAUACCACAGUACACGAGGAAAACAGUCCUCCAUCCUCAAAGCCACCGAGAAAAUUCAAGCUCGCCGGUAUUGCUGCAGCUAGGUUAUCGACAAAGAAUUAUUUGUUGGGGAUUAAGUUUUUCUUACGGGACUAAUCAGUCCAACCGGGAUUGAUUUCUAAUGGCAAAUUUUUGUUUUUCUCUCCAUUAAUUGUUGGAAGGUUUAAACUUUAUAGUCAGGAAUCAGCUGUAAUAGUAUAAGAUAUUAUUAGAGCAGCCUGAGGGUUGUCAGAUUUUUUGUUGUUGUACUCCGGGCUGUAAUUAGAAUCAUGUUUGCAUAUUACAGUAGAUGUAUUAGCAUCAUUUCUUUUAUGAUUAAAGAAAAUGAUAUUGUUUAA